GCUCACAUUGUUCAAACACGGAAAGAAGAAGGAAAAAACAGAACUGUAAAAUCUACCUUCAACACGACAGACACAAAAAAAGGACGUUACACACAGCUGCGGGAAACCGGCACAGACAUAAGCUAACAUCAUGCCAAGAAAGAAAGACGUUGAUAAAGGUGGCGCCCCUAUAGCCAGAAUCAGAGAAAACUCGAGACUUAUGCGCACACAUGAAAAUAUGGUAGAUUUAAUAAGUGGACGUCAUUCUUCGAACUCUAUCCUGGAUGUUUUUGUCUCUGGAUUAUUGGGAUUAGAUCUUUUAAGGAACUUCGAAGGUGAACUGGAGGAUGACCUCAUAUAUUCUGACGAUGAUGACGAUGAGGAUAAUGAUCGCAUUUCUUCACGCUAUACUGCUCACAGGCAGUUAGAACCACAUCCACGAAUUAAACAACUCACUGAUGAGGAGGCUGAUAAACAUGCAAAAGAAUUGAUAGAACAAGAGGAACGGCGUAAGGAAAAAACAGAGAAGAACAAGCGUAAGAAAUUGCGUAAAAAAGAAAAGAAACGAUUAGUAAAAGAGAAUGCAGUUAAAGACAAUUUACCUGAGGAAGAACAGGGGAAGUCAGACUCAGAAAAUCCACAAGAAAAUCAGCAAGAAAAUCAGCAAGAAAAUCCUGUUAUUGAAAAUAAUGCAGACGCAAAUGACUCUCCUGAAUCUGGUAAAACACCAAAUGGAACAGAGGCGGCUGAAUGUGAUGAGACCUGUGGUAAUAAUGAAGAAGAGAAUCUUGCAGAAAUUGAUAAAGAAGAAGAUGGGGAGCCAAAGCAGGAGUUGGAUUUAAAUAAUUCAUAUGCUUCAACAACAAAAUCUGUGCCUGAGGAAAUGUGUAACCAGAAGCCUGCCAGAGAGAAAAAAAAGAAAAAAACUAAAUUACUGGAAAUUCAGCCACCUAAGGAGGAAAUGCCAAAAGUUGUGGAGAAACCAGAAAUUCAAAAGAAAAAGGAAGAGAAACAUGAACCCAAUAAAGAGAAAUCAAUGGACCAUGCUGCUGAGGAGUUUGCAAAAAGAAGUGGAGAGCUUGCUGCUAUUGGAAAUCGUUUGGCUGCCUCCGAACAGUAUGAGAUGGCCGUGAAAUGCUUUACUGAUGCCAUUAAAUUCAAUCCAAAGGAAUUUAAGUUAUUUGGAAAUCGGUCUCUGUGUUAUGAAAGACUGCAGCAGUAUGAAAACGCUCUCAGGGAUGCUGAUGUCGCACUCUCCAUGGAGCCAAACUGGAUAAAAGGUUUAUUUAGGAAAGGCAAAGCUCUCUGUGGGCUCAAGAGAUACUAUGAGGCCUCGUUGAUCUAUAGGGAGGUGCUGAGGCUGGAAAGUUCAAGUGUUGAGGCCAUGCAGGAGCUGAAACGAGCACAGACGUUGCACCUCAUGGAAAUGGGAUUCUCCUGGGCGCAGAGCUCCGAGGCUUUGAAAACGCACUCUACGUUAGAGGAAGCUGUUGAAGCUCUGUUUGAUAGUGAAAGAAAUCCAGGUCCUGCAGAUGCUGCUGCCUGCUGGGACAUCACACAUCAAUCAGUGGUGCAGGAAGAGGACGAGGAUGAGGGACAGUGGACUGUCCGACAAACAACUCGCCCCAGGAUGCAGCAGGUCAGAGAGUUGGAUGCUUUUGGCCACAGGAGAUCGGACUCUCAGUCACCAACGCCCCAUUCAAGGAAUGGCGUGAAACCGGAACUGUUCUCCAUUUGGGUUGGAACCUUGGCUCCUGCAGUCACCUACACGACACUUCAUGAGCUCUUCAGCAGAGCCGGGACGGUCUACAGCAUCAAGAUGCUGCUGGAACAGCAGUGUGCCUUUGUGAACUACACACGGAAAGAAGACUGUGACCGAGCCAUCCAGUGCAUUAAUGGAAUGGUGGUGGAGGGCGCGCCACUCUCAGUGCGAUAUCCAAAUAAAUUCCACAAUGGGCUCUGUAUGCCCAGACCGGCCGCCAAUGACCCCUGUCCGACACGCGUCGGUGCGUUCAAGAAGGAGUGCUUUUUCUGGAGGACCACAGGCUGCACAAGGCAGGACUGCACCUUCAGACAUGUCCCAGAGCACAAGAACAUCGACAAGGACAAAUUCACCAGUAGACUGGGACAUGUAAACAUGUAGGAAAUCAACAAUGACAAGCAUGCGUUGUUUCCUUUGAUAUUUAACACAGUGGUGGUGCCAAACUGGGCUGCUUGUACUUGCCUCUGUUUCGUCUGGGCUUUGGUUCUUAAGUUUUGUUGUAUUUUUGAUAAUGUUUGCAGUCUGAUGGCCCACCAUUGUUGUUUUAAUACAAAGGAGACAACAAACUAAACUACUGCAUAUAGUAAUAAUUCAUGUGCAUUACGCUUUGAGCAUUCCUUUGCAAUAGAAUUUUGUCAGGGAUUCAUUGUCAUUAUUAAUCUGUUUAAAGAUUGUGAUUUUUACUUUGUUGCUUUGCUUUGUUUUAAAAUUAAUUUAACAGAUUUUUCUGUUUUUUUUCUGGCACCACUAGGUGGCACCCUUAACUUUAUCCCUCAACUUUGGGGCUACAAAUUAUUCUGCUUUAAUUUUAAAGGCUGUGAUUGAGUAGUUAUGCUAUCGGCACAUUAAAUGUGCCAUGUUUGAUUUUGAAACUGUGCCUUUUUAUGUUCAAAUUUUGUAAUGCCAUGUCUGUUGGAGAAUCUGUUUAAAGUGCCUUUAAGUAGCGUCAGCCCAGAGGGAAUUAAAGCCUCAACUUGAGUGUUAAUGUCGUGCCAUACAUGAAUAUUGUACAGUAGGAGACUUGGUGUAUGUGGAACAGUAUAUAUGGGCCUCGGUAUGUCUCCCUACAAAGAAUAUUAAAGUUGGACUCAUGAUAAGCUGCACAGGGAUAAAACAGGAUUACUCAAGCCCCAGCACGUAACUGUAAUUUGGGAUAUCACUACAAGAUCAGAGGAGGCCUUGAGUUGAGGAUGAGAGGCCCAGUGUUUUUUUUGCUGUCCCACCACUAAAACAUCACGGAUUAAUCCCUGCAGCAGCUGCAUAUCCUGUUGCAGUGUCCUUGAGGGGGAGGCCCUUGUCUCAGGUCGGCUGGAGUUAGAGUAAAGAGCCAGUUAAACGCCUGAAAAGUAACUAUUGUCCCUGAGUUUUUAUCUGAAGCGAGGUUCUUCUAAGCCUAAAAUGCUUCCCUUCAAUCCCCUGACUGUGUCUCCUCUUCGUUAAUGUGGGUGGGAUUUGUGUAGAUCCCUCUUCCCCAAAGCCUGGCAGGUUUGUUAUUUGACUGAAGCGGUUCAAGGUCACUUUUGUGACUCCUGUUAUGCAAUGUUUGGGGUGUGAUUUACAAAACCUUCCCAAAGAGCAGAAUAAUUACCUAAAAACGAGGCUGAAGUGGUGGAGGAAAAAAAAAGUUGAGGCAUUUAGCUGUGAAAAGUGCUUAGUCUUGACCUUACAGGCAGAGCAGCUGUACUCGUGGGCAUUAAUUGGCUGAUGGUGGCAUACCUCACAAAGCCCUUCUGAUCUGUGUGAGAUUUGAGCGCGUGAAAGGCCUGUAUUACUAAUAACAUGAACUCUGGUUGAACCCAUAGAAAGCACUGGGACAUUACCAACCUACAAAAUGGGUCUAUAUUUAAUCUUAUUGGUCCGCUUGGCUUUGCCCCGCUAGAAACCUGUUCAAAUGCAGAUAAAGCCUGAUAAGAGGUUAGCGUUCAUCAACAUCCCGCCACUCCUGCAGCCCGGACAAAGGCAAUCCUUUACUUAACUAAAGCAAACACCAGGAAGAUUAAGUGCAUCUUGUUAAAAAGGGCCGUGUGGUUUGCAGAGCUUUCAACAGAUUUCUCUCUCUCCCAACAAGAGGAAAAAGAAAACACCGUAACAGAAAUUAACCAGCAGACAUGACAUGUUGCUCUCCCACUCUUUCCUUUUUGAUAUAUGGCUAUGCAGCAAAAUUCCUCCUCACUCCCCCUCUAGAGAAGUUUUGAGUUGAGUAAUUGAGUGCAUUGCUUUUAGCACGGGGAUACAUAAUCUAAUUUUUAUUCUAAUUUUGUGGUUUCUCUCCGCUGGUAAAUAAACUAUUGAUGUGACAUGAGGGAGUAGCUGACUCAGACUGUAUAUCAGCUGUCUGAUUUGUUUCUCAGGAAGCCAAAAUAAAUGCUCCACCGCAGUUUGCAGCCGCUCAGCUCAAAGGCCUCUGCUCGAACUUCAUAACCUUCCCAGCAGGGCGGCUGCUGUUUGCUUGUCCUCGUUUAAAGGAAUUUCACUUCAAACAUACAAGUGUGUAUUUUGGAACAACAGAGUUAUCUCUUUUUUUUCUGUUAUUUCCAACAAAUUCUUGCAGGAACAUUUUCUUUGAAUACAUUUUUCGGGCUUUUGCACUGCAAUGACUCGCUAUGACUGAUGUGGUCCACGAACUGUUUUAGUUUAUUUCAGAGGACCAAUUUCAGAUGGUACUGUUUUGUCUGUGCUCUUGUCACUGGCAGGGUUUUUCUGUGCAACAGUCAAGAAUCAGCUUUAUUGAAAGCAAAAUCUGAUGACGGUUGUAAUGUUGUUACAUAAUUUUGUUAAUCAUCUGAUUAGCUGGGAGUCUUAAUAGUUUUCGUUUUUGUUCUUAAAACUUUCAACGUUUCCAGGGGCUUUAAAGAGAUAGUUCAGAAGUGUGGUAUCCAAAGUCAGUGUAUAACCUACAAUAGAUGGUCAGCACAGCCCCGGUUUGAGGGUAUCUGCACAGAAGCUAAACAAUGUGCUGCUGUGGACGAGUCAGUCAGUUUAAGUGUACACUUUAUUCAAAAUAUUUCCACGGCGUUAACCUGCCAUACAGCCCUUUCUUUUGGGGUGACUUUGAUCCAUCUGCCCUUCACCAGACUCCUUUCACAAAAAUGGGAAUUCUACAAUGCAGAACACAGGAGUUGCCAGUCUAUUGCUGCUUCAAUUUGUUGUUUUUUUGUGUUAUUGUGUGACUUUGGUGUUCAGAUUCACUAAAGUCACUCAACAAAACAAACAAACUAACCAAUCGAGGCAGCAGGAGACCAGCUACUUUUGUGUUUUACAUGGUAAAAUUAUUGUUUUUUUCAACGGACCCUGGUGGCUUUCCAUAGAGUAUCAUUAACUGCUGAAGUUCCCAGAAAAGGCUGUCUGACAGCAAGGUAAAUAAAUGAAAAUAUUAUAAAUGUAGCAUACACUCAAACUUGAUGUUGAUUUUAGGUGAUCUGUAUCAAAAACAAACUUGAUUUUAAGAUAUGGGGGGGGAAAACCCACCAAUUUUCUUCAAAAAAAAUGAAACAUUUGAAGAAUCAAGAUUUUACUUGUUGCUACUUUAAAUUCUUUUAAAAAAAUCUCUUACAAAAAUGCCAAGAUGACCAAAAAAAGAAGAAAGACCCAUAGUACUCAUAACCAAACUAUUGCGUCUGCAGAUUGUAAUGAGUGUGAGGUCAACAAGAUGUUAUGAUGGUAGACUCACACAAUGGGGAGGCAUCUGGUUCACUGCAGUCUCCUCAACCCUUUGCUGGAUUCCUUUGUUACACUGUGAAAUGAAUACAGUAAUUGUCACAAUGAGAAAUUGACCUUCCCUUUAAUCUAGACAGAGGCCCCCUUAACAAGUUAAAAUAGCACAAACCCAAUUAGGGAAUUGAUUGCUUGCUUUCAUUUUCCUCAUUUGCAUCAGGGUCAUAUAGGGAAGAUAAAUUAAUGUCUAGUCUUUUGUCCACACUGUCAUUCCUGGUGGUGGAGUAUCUAUUGCUAAGAAAUGAGCAGGAGGAAAGUCUUUUGUCUACCCUUGAGGAACUCAUCUCUGAUAAUCUGCUGUUAAACAUCUACAGAAAGAAAAAGAUCUACAGGCGAUUUAAAAAUCCAUUUUUUCCGUACUGCUGUAAGAAUACACUUUUAUGUUAAUGAUGUAUCAUUCUGUAUAGGAAUACUUUGUUUGUCAUAUCUAAGUUGUAUUACAGGUUUUGAAUGUGAUUAUAAUUUCUAUAAGUUUCCAUUCAUUCCGCCAUAAUAAAACUCAUCUUGUUGAUACUUAAAA